CGCGUCAGCUACAGGGCGAGUGGUUACGUACGGCGCCAUGGGGGAGUGGGCGUUCCUCGGCUCGCUGCUGGACGCCGUGCAGCUGCAGUCGCCGCUCGUGGGCCGCCUGUGGCUGGUGGUCAUGCUGAUCUUCCGCAUCCUGGUGCUGGCCACGGUGGGCGGCGCCGUGUUCGAGGACGAGCAGGAGGAGUUCGUGUGCAACACGCUGCAGCCGGGCUGUCGCCAGACCUGCUACGACCGCGCCUUCCCCGUCUCCCACUACCGCUUCUGGCUCUUCCACAUCCUGCUGCUGUCGGCGCCCCCGGUGCUCUUCGUCAUCUACUCUGUGCACCGGGCCAGCAAGGAGCCGGGCGGCGCGGCCGGCGGGGCAGGGUCGCUGGGGACCCCGGGGCGCCCGGGGGGCCGCCGCGCGCGCCGCUGCUACCUGCUGAGCGUGGCGCUGCGCCUGCUGGCCGAGCUGGCCUUCCUGGCGGGCCAGGCGUUGCUCUACGGCUUCCGCGUGGCCCCGCACUUCGUGUGCGCCGGUGCCCCGUGCCCACACACGGUGGACUGCUUCGUGAGCCGGCCCACCGAAAAGACCGUCUUCGUGAUCUUCUACUUCGCCGUGGGGCUGCUCUCGGCGCUGCUCAGCGUGGCCGAGCUGGGACACCUGCUCUGGAAGGGCCGCCCGCGCGCCGGCCACUGUCGCCAGGAGGCCGAGCGCGACAACCGCUGCAACCGCGCGCACGAGGAGGCGCAGCAGCUGCUCCCACCGCCGCCGCCCGCCCUGCCCGCCAGGCACCCGGGCCCCGACCCCUACGCCCCGCCCUCCUAUGCUCACCGGGCGCCGACCUGCGACAGCGAGGGCGGCAGCGGCCGCAGCAAGGCAUCGCUGGCCACCGUCCGCCAGGACCUGGCCAUCUAGAGCUGCCUGGGGCGGGGGUGAGGUCAGAGGCCAGACCCCACUACCCCGGAGCGAGAAGCAGCUCUGCAGCAACUGUUCGCAGGGUCCCCUGCCCAGCAGAUGACACACAGGGGGCAUGGCCC